AUGGUUUCCAGGAGGAAACGCGAGGAGUUCAGUUCAUGGGUGCGAUUGUUGGCGGUAUUUAGUGUCUCUGCCCACGCGUGGACUCAGCACACAAGCACACGGGUUCAACAGGGCGGCACUAGUUUCGAGUGGGGUUGGCGACUCACCCCCAAAGAUGGCAGUACCGUUGGACAUUACUAUGUCAAGCUACCUCAGGCAGAACAACAUGUCCAGUACCCGGCCGACGGUGUUUACCACGGAGCAGUGGCUGUCAACACCAGCGACGGUCACCACGCACAAGCCACCAGCGUUGCUUUAGGAGGGAACGCGGCAGAAAUCAACUUACAUGAGACUCCCAAAGUGUACCAGACUAUCAAUGCAACGCCGGCCCCACUAGCUCACAGCACAUCCCAGCCAGUCGAGAUAUAUCUUCUACAACAACAAUUCCCUUCACCCCCCCAACAGAACCAUCUUGUUCAGAUCUUCCCAACAGCUGGACCCAACAACGAUAUUCAGUACAACAGUUCCCCUAACUACAUCUAUCAUAACAUAUUAACUACCCCAUUGUAUAAUAUUCAAACGCAAAACACUGCACCGAAGAACGGAAACUCACCUCCUCUUAAAAUAGAGGAAACCACUGAGUCUCAUGAGGCUUAUUCAUCAUCUGUAGUACAAGUAUUUAAAGAUCAUAACUGUACAAAUGAUGAGAAUGCUUCAGAAUCGAAACAGGUUAAUGAAACACAAAAAGCGACGAAGUUAUUCGCCGAAGCACCGAAAUAUGAAGCCCUUAAUGGAAAUAUCAAUUUUGGUACGACUGAUGGAACUGAAAGACCCCUGACUUACAGAGGAGCUGUACAUUUUAGGGUAGAAUCACCAAGAGAUAAUGCUAGAAGUGAGAGAUAUUACUACUAUUCAACUGCUUCUACUCCUACGGAAACAGAACGUUCAGUACAGUCUGAUAAAAAUGAAGGUAUAACGAAACUUGUUGCUUCAACACAAGAUCUUAUUUCAAAUGAGGAUCUAUUAAAAAUAAACCACGCAGCAGAAAAACAUGUUAAUGCACAGAACGAUGAUAUUAUCAAACCACGGUCAAAUUUGAGGGAACACAAUAGCCAUGAAAGUUAUGAUCAAAUGAAUUCAAUAAGAAACAAAGUUACGGUGAAAGCUAAAAUAGCUAAUAUUCUUAAGAGUGAAAUUGAACAAGUAGGAAACGAUGAAUCAAAGGAGCAGAUUUUGCAGACCAGUUCUAAUGAAUAUAAAUUUGCAUCGCCUAUAGUUGUACCAGACUCUUCAUAUGACAAUAAUAAAAAGCAAAUAGUAAAUAAUUUAGUUUCAACUAUGGUGCCUUAUUUACAAGAUGGGUACCAAAUUGUCAAUAUUAGAAAUAAUUUGGAAGAGCAGAAAAAAUACGAAGAAAAUAUAAAUAGUCAAAGUAAUGUAGAUUAUAAUUCUAACGGAGAUACAGUUGAUGUCACUCCAAGGCCAAUCGCGCAGAAAUAUUUAGCACCAAUAACAGUUGCUUUAAGGCUGUUAAAUGCUAACGAAUCGGGAAAUUUCAAUUCCGUUGAAGAUCAUGAAACAGCGGAUAGUGAGUUUAUAACGGACAUCAUCCAAAAUCCUAAGAAAGAGAAAACAAUCGUCGAAGUCCAUGAAUCGCUUCCUGUGUCCAUUACUCAUAUAAACGAUGUUGAAGUGCACGAAUAUUUAGAAGAAGGUAGAAGUAAUGACAAAGGUACUUUAGAUAUAGCUCAAAAACUAUACAAUAAAUACAUCGAUGCUCUUGAAUCUUCUAAAAAGAUUCAGAAGAGCAUGAAUAAUAUACUGUAUAAAUAUGGUAUGGCAAAGAAUGAGGAUAGUAAUGAAAACCAAGACUACGAUAACGAGAAUGAUUCAAAAGAAAAAUUAGAAACUAGCAGUAAUACUAGGUCAGAAGUUGAAAUUAAAGCUAACGAAGACAAUAAUGAGAGAAGUGAAUAUAUAAACUACUUUAAUGAAUAUGGACAAAAAAUCAUUCAGCCUAUAAUAGUAGAAAAAGAAGUACCAGUAACCAAGUUUGUUGAUAGAUAUAUUGAGAAACAAGUGCCAUACCCUGAACCAGUCGAAGUAAUUAAACAUGUUGAGGUCGAUAGGCCGGUUGCUGUUCCAAUACCGAUCGAAAAGGUAGUGGAAAAGCCAGUAGAGGUAACUAGGUACGUCGAUAAACCGUAUCCCGUUCUUCAUCCUUACCCAAUACCGGUAGAAGUGCCUUAUCCAGUUGAACAUAAAGUAUUUAUUGAUCGCCCAGUUCAUAUACCAUUCCCGAUAGAAAAGCUUGUUGAGAAACAAAUCGUACAUCAAAUACCAGUCCCAACACCAGUUGGUAUACCAUAUGAAGUACAAAUUCCAGUUGAACAAAAAGUUUUAUACCCGAUUCCAAUAGAAACCCCGGUACCGUAUCCAGUAGAGGUAGAGAAACCAGUUCCUGUAGAGAAAAUAGUGCAAAAGGAAAUUCCAGUGCCUUAUCCAGUCGAAAGACAAGUUCCUUACCCAGUCCCGGUGGAAACUAAAGUUCCAGUUCCAUAUGCGGUAGAAAAGAGGGUACCAGUAACGGUAGAAAAGAUAGUUGAAAAACCAGUAACGAUUACUAAAGUUGUUGAAAAACCGGUACACGUACAAGUACCGGUUCACCAUCCUGUUCCUGUUGAAGUCCGCGUGCCUCAUCCUUAUCCGGUAGAUAGAAUUGUAGAGAAGAAGGUUCCUUAUCCUGUACCAGUUGACAGAAUAGUCGAGAAAAAGGUACCUAUUAAUGUUCCAUAUCCAGUAGAGAAAGUGGUGGAAAAAAUUAUAGAAAAGCCAGUUGUUGUAACCAAGUAUAUUGACAAACCGUAUCCCGUUGAAAAAAGAGUGCCUUACCCGGUUGAAAAGAUUGUGGAGAAGAAAGUACCUUAUCCGGUCCAAGUACCUGUAGAAGUUAGAGUACCUUAUCCGGUUGAGAGAUUUGUGGAGAAACCUGUACAUUUACCUGUCCAAUAUCACAAUCCAAAUGUUCCUAACAAAAUCAUUGCAAAUCAUAAUCACUUUAACAAUUUCCAACACACACAGCAAUCCCAAAAUGUACCUCAGUACAUAAAAUACAUACACACAGGAUCGGAACAACAAAAUCAAGGCAACAUGCCACCAAAUCAGAUACACCUACAGAAAACAAAACAAACACAGCAAGUAAUACAAGACCAAAAGAAACAACAGCAAAUUCAGGCGUACCACCAAAACUUGGAUGAAAAACGUAAACCCUCAAUUCAGACUACAAAAUGGGGUAAUCAGUACGCGUCAUCGUAUCAAUACAUAAACAGUACUCCCACAUAUGAAGUCCAACAGUUCAAGAAGACGCCUAACUUAGUCAACUAUUUAUCGUUUGUUACAAAUACACAAAAUCCAUAUUAUUACUAUGGACCGCCGCCUAUGAAGAAUUACGACGACUCAUGGGAGAAAAAUAACAAUUACAUAGUUGAACUAAAACUAAGGAGGACUGACAGAACGCCAAGAAUAAACAAUUUGAAGAUUGAGUAUGGUUUUAAACCACCUUUGAUACCUAGUACAGAAGUAGACUUGGAUGGGAUACCUGUGAAGAAAGAGCAACAAAAAUAAAACUCUUGCCGCCUUAUUUUGUAAGAUAUGAAUCUAAACUACUAUUAUUUAUUCUUGUAUUUUUUCUUUUCUACUGUGAUACAUUAACUACAGAUGAUUGAUGAAUUUAGCAAUUAAAUAUAUUUGGAAUAAAAUUUCGUAAAAUACUCAUCCGAAUAUACAUUGCCAGUUUUCAUUAUUCCUGUAAGUCAAUUAUUUGACGAUUUUAAUAGUCUUCAAUACUUCGCCAUAGGAUAAGCAAAGUGAACUCGCAAACUUAAAAAUCCUGUAAU